AUGGCCGAGGGUUCUCUCUCCGAGCUUUGCACCAUCUGCCAUAUCAAUCUACCCAAAUACACUUGCCCCCGCUGCUCAACCCGCACCUGCUCUCUUCCCUGCUCCAAGCGCCACAAGCUCUGGUCCCAGUGCUCCGGCGUCCGCGACCCAGCUGCCUAUCUCAAGCGGAAGGAGCUCGCGACGCCGGCUGCGUUCGAUAAAGAUUUCAAUUUCAUCACGGGCAUCGAGCGCCGUUUGGAACGCGCGGAUCGGGAUGCGGAGCACAGGGGCAUUGUGCUGGACGACGAUGGAAGGAAGAGGAAGAAGAGACGUUCGGGGGAAUUUGCGCAGGAAGAGGCGUUGUUGAAGCGGAUCGAGCGCAGUGGAGUCGAGAUGUUGAGGGCGCCGAAGGGGAUGACGAGGAGCAGGCAGAAUCACUCGACCUGGAGUAAAAAGCAAAGCUGUUUGAACUGGUCAGUGGAGUGGAUAUUCCCGGAUAAGCAGAAAAUGAUCGCCAAGUACCCGGAAAACAAUACGAUUGGGUUCGCUUUUGCAACGACGGCCUAUGCAAAGCUGCAUAAGCUCGUUGAGAAGAGAAAACAAAAGCCCCUGCAAGAAGGGAUGUUGUCGAGCUUUCGGACCCCCUGGAGGAAAAAGUGA